AGCACAUUUAAAAAAGUUAAUAACAAUGGCUAUUGUGAAAACACCAGUCCUAAAAGUUAUUUUGUGUGGUGAAUAUGGUGUUGGAAAAAGCUCUAUUUUCAGGCGUUUUAUAAACAACACAUUUGUACCAAGCUCAGACAGGCGAUCAACAUUAGGAUUAGAUCAUUUUGAGAAGCUCUAUCAAGUCGCCGACAAGGACGUUAAAUUACAGUUAUGGGACACCGGUGGCAUGGAGAGGAUAGCAUCUGUAACAUCCAGUUACUAUAAAUUUGCUGAAGCUGCAAUACUGGUGUUUUCAUUAGAUAAUGCAUCUUCAUUCCAUGUGCUAAGUCAACAUUUGUUAGAAAUAGUAACAUAUGCUGAAAAUGCAAAAAUAUUCUUAUGUGGAAAUAAAUCAGAUUUGGAAGGAUCAUCACCACAAGUAACUGAUGCAGAUAUAGAAAACUUUUGUGAACAGUGUCACAACCUUAUUAGCACUACUUAUAAAACAUCAUGUAAAACUGGUGAAGGAUUGGAAGAAAUGUUUUUUGACAUUGCUCUACAACUAUUUGAUUCAAAUAGGUCAAGAAUAGAGCUGCAGACAUUAGACCAUAAUAGUUUUAAAAUAACACAGCCUGAACCACCAGAAGAACCCCAUUGUAGUUGUUAAACCAUAGACUAAUGUCUAAUUUUUAUGUAGAUAAUUUACAAGUAUCCAGUAUUUUACAACUCUAAUAUAAAGUAUUUACUGUUGUGUGUAUUCCACAUGGCCUAAUUGAUUUAUUAUAGUU